AUCAUUACUGCUAGGAUAUUAUUUCUGCUGCCCAUUUUAAUAUUAAACUAUUCUCGAUUCAAGCUGGGUCAUCCACAUGAAUAUCUGGUGGUCAGCGCAUUUCACUAAGGAAUGUCAGUUGACCUGAAAAUGUUGUGACCUAUUCGAAUGAAGCUCACUCUUGGACGCUUGGUGCAGACGAUUCCCCUAACAAGAAAAGUACAAUAAAUGCAGCCGUCGCCUUUAAGUCAGGUUAGAAUCAACUCAAUGAGACAACUCCCGAGAUUCCAACAAUGCUGCCCAAGAAACUCAAUACCGAGAAUCACUAAGGAUCUGAUAUGACCUGCGGGUCAGGACGAAUAGUCAUGCCAACAAGACUUCUGGUGUAUCUCUGAUAACCAAUAAUCAGCUUUUUGACAUGGUUUAUUUGCGGUCAAGAAUGCGGAGGACCCAGAUAUAGAUAUGACUGGAUACUCAACACAAUUGAUAGCAGCAAGAAUAGAAACUUGCACAAAUUUGGAUAUUUUGAUCUGAGGAGGCCUAGUAAAUAUACAGUUUGUAUUCCAAGCACACAUCAAAACGAAUCAAAAUAUUUUUAUAAUUCUCAAUCUUGAAUCUAAGCCAAUGUCUUGUUUUCCAAAGCUAAAAAUAAACAUGCCGUUUGGCCUGCCGUACCAGCUGAAUACGCCAGAUUCAAUGAUUGGCAGGCUGCUGUUGAAUCGCUACCUCUUUGCCACCUGGCUGUGUUACCUGACCGAGUACCAACUGCUGGCGAUUUUCUUGCUUUACCAGCGUUUCGAUAUCGCCCAUCCAAUUGAAUGCCUGUCUGUAUUGUUUGACUGGAUUGUAUGUUCGUUCUAUACCAUGACUCGAAUGCAGCUGCUGGGCCUCCAUGUGGCCAUCUAUGGGCUGUUGCUAUGCCGCAUACACGAACGUCUGCCGGCUUGCCACAGUUCGCGUCAGGUGCGCAUGAGACAGGAGCUGCCAAUUAAACUCUGUCUGCUGACCGUGCUUAUUAGCUUGGGCUACUGCAGUUGCUGGCUGUAUUUGAAAUAUAUGGAUGAGCUGAACGUUGAUGUGGAUUUGAGCUACACUGGCCAUUUUCUGCUGAUGAACGGCGCCUUCUGUGGCCUCGCCUACUUCCUGAGCGAGCAUUUCAAAUUCAACAGCGAAGUGUGGCCGCUGCCCAUGGUGCGCAUGAACCAUGCCACAUCGGAAUGGCUGAGCUGGCAACACUUCGAGUUUCGCUCAACACUGCCGCGAGUUAUGCUCUACACGAUCGUCUUUGCCGCCAUCUACUGGCCAAACAUGAACGGAGACAGGGAGGCCAGCUGGCAGCUAUUUCGCCUGUCCAACUGCCUGACCAUGCUGAUCAUCCUCAAGAUGUAUGCCAUCAAACGUGUCUUCGGCAUGGUCAUGCAUUGCGAGCUGCCGCUAACUGUGCAGCAGAAGCAGGAUCGGCGACUGCCGCUGGUCCUGGCGCUCAGCCUCGACUGCCAGCUGUAUGGCUUUCAGAUGCAGGCAGCCAGAGACUUCUAUAUGCUGGUGUCCAGCUCGAGCGGCGAGCAAUGCGAACUAUUUCAGCUGCAGGGCAAUUUACGCCGACUGCCCAAAAACUGGCAGGCGCUGCGCGAUGUGCUGCUGGAGAGGAUUACGCUGUUUACAUUAAAACUCAAGAAGUGCCUGGAAAUCCCGCAGCCGCAAUGUCAGCACGCGGCUAAGUCUGCCUAUCCGGGCUUGCGUCCGCUUGCGGCAAAGCCAAAACCUUCCAGAUAUUGGAGUCGCCGCUGCGGCGACCGGAAGCCACCCUGCCAGCCCCUCUAUAAAUCCUUGCUGAUCGGUCCGAUGCGUCUGCUGUGCCACCUGCGCAACAAACUGCAGAGCUGCCAGCUGAAGGAAAAGCUAACUUGCUAUUGCAAAUGCCGACUGCCCUUUCAGGUUAAGCGGCCAAUUGAACCGAAGCAACUGGAGCACGAGCUGUGCCUUGGCCGACCACUUGUCUGGCUAAUACCCGGGCUCGUAGCCAUUUGUGUGCGCUCGCUAGAGGAGGAUAAACACGGCUCGUUACAUCAGGACCUGGAGCUGAUCUUUCAGUCGCUUGUUGACCUGGAUAGGCAGAUCGGUUUGGUCCGCGAGCUGCUGCUCAGGCAGCAACAGGAACCAUGCCUGACCCUUGAUAUGAUCUCGCAGACAACGACGCGCGCUCUAAAUAGCAUGACCUUCAACUUUCACAGCUAUCUGGAUUAUCUUGUGAAGGAUCUGGAACUACUAAGGGUAUUGCGGGAGCGCACUUGUGCUUGAAAUUAUGUUCAAAUUGUUCUUUUAUUUUU